ACGUCCUUUUGACGAAAACAAACAUGGAGGAGUAUGCCCGUGAACCUUGCCCCUGGAGGAUAGUGGAUGACUGUGGAGGUGCUUUCACCAUGGGAGCUAUUGGAGGAGGAGUAUUCCAGGCAAUCAAGGGUUUCCGUAAUGCUCCUGCAGGUGUUGGACACAGACUGAAAGGUAGUGCAAAUGCAGUGAGGAUAAGAGCUCCACAGAUUGGAGGGAGCUUUGCUGUGUGGGGGGGCCUCUUCUCCACAAUUGACUGUGGCUUGGUCCGGCUAAGGGGCAAAGAGGAUCCUUGGAACUCUAUAACAAGUGGUGCUCUGACAGGGGCUAUCCUGGCAGCACGUAGUGGGCCUUUAACUAUGAUGGGUUCGGCCAUGAUGGGGGGAAUUUUGCUUGCUCUUAUUGAAGGUUUUGGGAUCCUCCUAACCAGAUACACAGCACAGCAAUUUCAGAACCCUAUUCCAUUUGCAGAAGACCCCAGUCAGUUACCUCCAAAGGAUGGAAGUCAAAAGUUUCAAUAGAAAGCAGCAAGAACUGAGUCUGGCUGUGCACACAGUGAGUCAGGGCUUCAGGACACCACAACAGAUGACUGGGAUGUGGGGCUGCAGUUCCCCCACAGACUGAUCCAUUAGUUGCACUAUGUGCUUAUACCUCAGGGCAAAUUACUGUCAGUUUUAGUUAUUUAUAAUUCAGUGUUUGUAUGUGAACAGGGACACUUCUGACAAACCAACAGAAGCAAAUCUGAGAUAUUUUGCAUCAAUGGUUUUCAUUAUUAUAGUGACCUUUUUGGGCUAAAUGUGCAAUGCUAAAUUCAUAACAAAUUUUCAUACAAAAUUGAAGCAACAUCUGUUGUUUAAUCUUCCAAAGAUUUUAAAUGUGUAUGCAUGGAUUCAUUAAACAGGAAAGCCACAUUUUACUGACUACAAGGUGUAAAGCAAAGAGUGUAGAUUUGCAGUUGGACAGAAGGGACACAUACCUUCCACUACUGAGAACAGACCAAAUUGUCUCCAGCAGUGUUUUAAGAAUCUCAUUCUCAUUGUCUCAUUUUUUAAAUGGUAAAACCUGUCAGAGGAUGACACAUGCCCUCAGAACUGGUGUUACAUUGAUGUUACAUUCAAUACAGCUAGUAUUGUCCUCAGUCUUUUCACUAUGGAAAAUAAUGUCUGUCAGCUGGUUGUCAACCUAGAGGAGUAGGAGCCAAAUUAUCCACAACUAAACAUUUAUUUCUGGAAAUACAUUAUGAGUUGAAUUUCAGUCUAUAAAUCCCAUUUAAAAUGUCACUUUUAAUGGAUCACUGUACACAGGAAACACAGCUGUAGCAGACAAAAGAAGGAUGAAGGUUGAUGAAGGAAUAGGUGCAUCUUCAGGGUUUCAGGUGAGCUCCUAAUUAAAAAUCAUAGUUUAUAAAUUACAGAGAGGCAUCAACAUUGAAGUAAGAUUCUAGACUUUUGGUAAAUAUAACCUCUGAGAAUCAUUUUAGUUUAUUUUGAAAAAAAAAUGUUCGACUAUAAAAAGUUGGUUUUAUAAGAUCCUAUUCACUCAAAACUGACCUCAAGAAUGAAUAGAUCUAUCUUAGCCCUAUGUUUACAUCUUAUUUGGUGUUGGUAGUUUUGUCCCUGCUGAUGCUGAAGUCAAACCCACGCCUUUGUGUAAAGGUAGAAUAAUAAACAUGCAAUGUGUAUUAUUAUGAGAUUACUUAGUAUGGUUGGAGAAUCUGUUUCUGUUUCGUCUUUGAGUAUGUCAGCUGCGACAAUCAAUGCAAAGAAAUAUGUUUUAUUAAAUUAUGCAUGUGUUCAAGGUGAGUCCAGACUCAGCAAAACCUCAUUCCAGUAUUUAUUUGCAGUUUGUCUUUGUCAGAUAUUGCCUCAACUGGCAGCUUUUGUGAUUUUGAAUCUUUGUAUGAUAGACACAGUGGUAAAUAGAUGAAUGAAUGUGUACUAAUUGUGUUCCCCUUGUGCUGAUGAACUGUAUAGAUGACUUUCUAGAAGGAAUGGCUUCAGCUGUUUUGACAUCACUCUCUGUUUGUUGGUCACAGUUGUUCAUUUUGCAAGUUGUCAUGCACCGAUCAUGAUGUUGAUUAUUGCACUAUCCAUCAAGCAACCAGGCACUUUUUAAAGCCAUUCUCUUUGCUUGUUUACCACAGCAGAUAGAUGAUUCAACAGUAGCAUUCAGAGUGUUUAUUUUGUAAAUUGUCUUAAUAUAUUUAUUCAUGCAAAACUUGACUAUCACAAUAAAGGCAUCAAAUGUUCUUUAUUACUGAA